AUGUCGUAUAUCUUAGUCGCGAUCGCAUUGCUCAUCUCUAUUGCUACUUCUAGUCACGCUCAGACAAUGACUGGAGGAAUUAUGUCACAGAACCCUAAUGAUCCGGAACAUAUGAAAAAAGCAUGGAAUGCGCUAGAAUCGGUGGAUGGCACCAUAUCUAACGAUGGAGAAUACCACCUGAUUCCAAUCAAGGUUGUGAAGGCUCAAACUCAGGUGGUGGCAGGAAUAAGAUACAUGCUGGAGGUGAUUUACGGCGAAUCAACAUGUAAGAAAACUGAAGUCGCCGCAACUGCCCUGCUCCAAGAAAAAUGUGAGCUGAAAAAAGGAGGAAACCAAGCGCUAUACGAGAUCAACAUCUACGAACAUCCAUGGGAAAAUCCUAAACAGGAGUACAGCGCUUCAAAAAUUCACGACAUCACAGCCGGAGAGCAGAUUUGA